CCCAUGAGGAAGAAGCAGCCAUUAGUCGACAUUAGCAGACAUUUCUCAAAGCUGUUAGUAAACUGGCACAUCGUCGCUGCGGCCGAGCUCUUCGAAGAUGCCAGUGGCAGUGAUGAUGGGCGAAAAUUACCAGAAGCUUCUGGAACAGUGCGAAACGCAGGAGUUAGAGGCUCCAGGUGGCAUUGCAACUCCACAAGUGUAUUCCCAGUUACUUGCCCUUUAUCUGCUGCACAAUGAUAUGAACAACGCUAGAUAUCUCUGGAAGCGGAUUCCCCAAGCAAUUAAAACGGCAAACCCAGAACUGGCAGCAGUUUGGGCAGUAGGACAACGUAUCUGGCAACGAGACUUCCCAGGAAUCUACAGUGCAAUAGCUGGCUACCAGUGGUCUGAGACAAUUCUCCCUGUAAUGGAAUCGUUAAGAGACUCGACCCGCAGGAGGGCGUACAGCCUUGUGGCCCAAGCUUACACCUCAAUCAGUGUCGAGGACUUGUCCUCCUUUGUAGGAUACUCAGUUGAAGAGGCUGUGAGGGGUGUGGUCAGUCACGGGUGGCAGGCAGAUCCCAACACCCGCAUGAUAAUGCCACAGAAACCAGAUCCACCCCCGGUCACUCUGGUUCCAAACGAGCAGCAGCUGGCCAGGCUCACUGACUACGUGGCUUUUCUUGAGAACUGAUAAAGCAGCCAUUCUCUCAGCUAGUGUGUCUUAUGCACAGCAGAAGUAUGCGCUUCCUGUUCUUGGCUGAGACUGACAUUCAGGAUUCUCUCAUACAGAUUGUUUUAAAAAGUCUGUCCAGGCUCAAGAUGGGACUUCCUAACCCUGUGUGUGUUUGUGUUUGUUGAAAAUAGUUACUUACUUUAAAGACUCAUGUACAGCCUUACCAUACAGUUUUUGCUUGUGAAAUGUAGACAUACAAGUAUUCAAGUAACGCAAAACUUUGUAAUUUAUUGUUCAGCAUAAAGAUGCAGUUUAGUUCUUCCUUAAAACGCAUUAUGAUGCAUAUGUGUUUUAUGGGACUUCUUUCUCUACUUGAAUGAUGAUUCUGAAAUUUGCUCUGGCACAAACUCUGUCAGUUACCCCAGUAGUUUUGCAUAACAAGGAAGGUCCCCAUUUCUAAUCUAAGACUCUUUUCUCGUAUUAUAAAAUAACACGAGUUUGCCUGCUGGAGUAGAUGCUGGUGUGUAUAUUGUAGAAUGUUUGCAUGACCCAUCACUAAUUAUGGUGUAUGGCAAUUUGCAAACUUCAAAACCUUGCAGUGAAAUGUACUUUGAGUUCAUAGUGAAUACUUUACAGAUGUGCUUCGAGGUGGUCAUACUGGAAUGCUGUACACUACUUUGACACCAUCUGUAGAGACCUUUUAAAAUGUACUGAGAUCAUUCAUUGAAAAAGCCCUCUUUGUAUUGUAAUGUCUGAUGUUUCUACAGUAGAGGCAUCCUCAGUACAGCAGUACUGGAACUGCAGUUCACCAAUUAAAGUAAUUCACAUUUAAACUUUUAACUGGAUGAUUUACUUUUGCUAGUAUUUGUUUUCCCAAUUUGUUUGUUUUAAAUAUUUUUUUUUUCUUCUUUCAGUGUUUCUGUAGAUGAACCACCUACAGACUGGAUUUAAAAAAGGGCCAGUUACAAACUGCUGGCAUUUGGUUAUAAUUCUGCAACAUGUUAACUAUCAAAUAACAACCUUCAGUAGCUGAGAUGUGUAACGGGUAGACUUGGACUAUGGCUAAUUUUUUCAAGUCUGCAAUCUGUCAGUUCAUUUUCAACAUUAUGUAAUUCUUUUUCUCAAAGAGGCAAAGACUUGGACCAAUAAUCAUCUGUAAUCUUUCCCACAGUGCACAUAAGAAAAUAAUCUGCUGAUGGCAGGUUUCAUGUACUUUUAAAGUGGAAGCUCAUGGUGACUCAUGUAGUAGAGGAAAUAUUUACUCACUCCGCUCAGAACAUCAGUGCCGUGUAAGUGACCCAGUAUUACAGUCCACGCAGUAUGUUGCAUCUUAACUGUCUACCAGGCUAUUAUUUUUUCUGUUCAGAGGUUCGCUAGAAAGUGUUGUUGUUUAUACCUCAUCUUAGUUGGUCCUAUUAGGUGAGCACAAUAUAAGCGUUCCAUUAAUGAUAUUGACCAAGACAUGGAUUAUUUUUGUGGUAGCUUUCAGAUUUCAUUUAAGGGGGUUCCAGUCUAAAUCUGUCCUUACAUUUAUCAAAGGCAGGGAUGAGUGCAGCCAGCUGAGGUGGGAUGUCUUUGACUUCAGCAGAAGGGUCAUGGUGGCGUGCACUACAGCAUCUGGUGUGCAUGUGUAGAGAAUAACAAAUACUCAUCCAUGUGUUGGAUGUUCAAAUAUGUGCAAAUAAAUUAGCUCACUAUU